AUGGGAAUGGGGUUACCAAGGGCCAUGCAUGGUUUCAUGGAGGCUGUGUGCCUCCACCUCCUCGUGGGUCUGGCCUUCACCCUACAGGCGACACUGGGGGGGCCGGGAGGGGCGGGGCACGGCGGAACCGCGUUACUGGAGCUCAUCCUGGACACGCUCCAUCACCACGGGGCAGGUCACGACCGCCCACGCUUUGGAGACGGGUCGCGAGAGCUGGUGGCGCGUGACCCCGGCACGCGACGUGGAGCAAAGGUCAAGUUUCUCAAACACCUAACAGGUCCCCUUCGCUUCUCGCCCGAGUGCGCACGCUACUUCCAGAGGAUUCUACACGGCUCCCGGGAGUGCGGAGACCCCGCGUACUACAGACGCUGUGCGCGUCUCCUCACGCGCCUGGCCUCCAGCCCGCCCUGCGCGGUGCGGGGCUAG